AUGACCCUGAGCACUGAGAUGUCCGAUGCCUCCGGCCUUGCCGAGGAGACAGACAUCGACGUGGUGGGGGAAGGUGAGGACGAGGACGACGAGGAAGAGGAGGACGACGAGGACGAAGGCGGCGACGGCGGCCCCCGGCUGGCUGUCCCCACGCCGCGGCAGCGAAGGCGGCGCUCGUACGCCGGGGAGGACGAGCUGGAGGAUCUAGAGGAGGAGGACGACGAUGACAUCCUGCUGGCCCCGAGAGCAGGAGGCUCUCCUGCUCCCCCUGGCCCGGUCCCGCCGGCGGGUGGCGGGGGCGCUGCGCGGCGCAAGCGGCCGUGGAUCCAGCCGCCGCGCUCACCCGCUCCCUCGUGGCCGCCGCUGCCGCCGCUGCCUCCUCGGUCUCCUCGUCGGCCGCCCUGGUGUACUCGAUUAAUUUCCGAUCGCUCUUUCUACUCGAGUUAUAACCUCCUUCGACCUGGGGCCCGACAGCAUUUCCCAGCGUUAAUCCCUGAAAUGAAACGGAGUAGUAGUGGGGUGUCUCUGGGUGGCAACGUGCCUGGAAGUGGGGGCGCGCAGAGACUGGCUCCUCUCUGCUCUGUCACCCAGGGCCGUGCGUCGGAUGCGCAACGGCCUGGGGGUAGCCGCGGCGGGUGA